AUUGGUUCGUAUGGUUGCAGUUGAAUUCCAAAAUGGCGGAGAGAGUGAAGGUAGCUGUACGUGUGCGACCAUUUAUAUCCUUUUAUGAAAUUAAUUAUAUGUUUAUAUUUCUUAUACAUAAUUGCUUUAUAUAAAAGUUUAAUUACUGAUUAAAAUUACGUAAUAGCAUUCUGUUAAUUAGCCUUUCAACUAGUUCUUAAAAAAACUUCAUUCAACUGGCGGGAAGAUUAACGUCUGUCUAUAAAAAAAGUUGGAAAUUGUAUAUAUUCAAUGAUUUGUAGUAAAUUUGCAUAAAUUUAAACAAAAACCUCCUUAACUCGCAUUCUUACAAUGAACGCGAAAAAAAGCGAAAUGCCAAACUGGUUAUUGAUAUGAAAGGGAAUCUUACCUAUAUUUCGGAUCCCAACAACAAAAGUAACAAAAAGGAUUUCGCUUUCGAUUACUCUUACUGGUCUCAUGACGGUUUCAAGGAGGAGAAAAAUGGUUAUCUAUCACCAGAAAGUGCUGCAUAUGCUGAUCAGAAAAAAGUCUUUGAUGACUUGGGUAAAGGAGUUUUAGAAAAUGCUUGGAGUGGUUUCAAUUGCUCAUUAUUUGCCUAUGGACAAACCGGAUCUGGAAAAUCGUACUCAAUGGUUGGAUAUGGAAAUAAUAAAGGUAUUGUCCCUAUUGUUUGUGAAAAAUUAUUUCAAGAGAUCGAAGGCAAGAGAGAGAAAGCAAAAGAUAGUGAAUAUCAAGUUGUUUUCUCUAUGAUAGAAAUUUAUAAUGAACAGGCAAGAGAUCUUUUGAAUCCAGCAUCAUUUAAAGUUAAAGGAGGUUUAAAAGUGAGAGAAAAUCCCACAAAAGGACUUUUCUUUGUCGAUGGACUGAAAGAACUACCAGUUAAUAGCUAUCAAUCUAUUGAAUCAAAGAUGACAGAGGGAACUAAAAAUCGAACAGUUGCUUCCACAAACAUGAAUGCGACUUCUUCCAGAGCUCAUACUGUCAUUGGUAUAAAAUUUACGCAAAAAACACCAAAUGCUUCUGGUCAGAGUAUGACUAGGGUUUCGGUCAUAAAUCUAGUUGAUUUAGCCGGAAGUGAAAGAGCAAAUUCCACGGGAGCAGAGGGUGAUCGUUUGAAAGAAGGCGCCUCUAUUAAUCAAUCCCUCAGCAAUUUAGGAAAUUGUAUAAAUGCUUUGGCGGAAAAUAAAAAGAAUAUUCCAUUUAGAAAUUCUGCACUUACCAAACUACUUAAGAAUGCUUUGGGUGGAAAUUCAAAGACUGUUAUGAUAGCUGCUCUAUCACCUGCUGAUAUUAAUUAUGACGAAACUUUGUCAACUCUAAGAUUUGCUGAUAGAGCAAAGAGCAUUAAAACCAAAGCUGUCAUUAACGAAUCUCCUACUGAUAAGCUUAUUAGGGAACUUAAAGAAGAAAAUGAGAGAUUAAAGAAAAUGGUGGAAGGUAAGGGUGGUGUACCUGCAGGAGUUGAAAAUAAAGAGGAAUAUGAAAAUAUGCAAAGAGAACUAGAAGCUAAUAAGAAAGAAAUUGAAGAUAUGGAAAAAAGUUAUCAAGAAAAGUUAGCAGCAAUAGAAGCUGCUGCGAAAGAGCAAGCCAAAGAGGCUGCUGCAGAUAAAAAGAAAUCUGAGCAAAGAAAAGUUAUGCCACAUCUUUGGAAUUUAAAUGAAGAUCCAGCUCUUACUGGAAUUGUAUGCCAUUUUACUCCACAAGGAGACUCUAAAAUAGGAAACAAUAAGGGAAAGAAUCCUGAUAUAAUUCUUAGUGGAAUGGGGAUGCUUCCUGAACAUGCAGUUAUAUCCAACUCAAAAGAUCAGAAGAUUAUUUUGAAACCAUGCGCAGGAGCUAAAAUAUGCCUUAAUGGUAAUGAAAUAAAGGAUAAAAAAGAAUUACAUCAUAACGACAGAGUUCAAUUCGGAGCAAACAUGUUAUUCGUAUUCCACCAUCCGAAGGAUUAUACUGCUCUAGCAAAGAAGAAGAAAGUUCCUCCAGAACCUACUUUUGAACAAGCCAGAGAUGAAAUUUCACAAAAUUCUGGAAUCAACAAGAUCUUAGAUGAUAAGAUGGACCAAAUGCUACAACAAGAUUUGAUGGAAAUUUGGCCUAUGCUAAACGAAGCGAACAUGAUGAGUGAGGAAUUAGAUAAACAAGUUAAAUUUGAGAUAGCGUUGAUUGCUCCCCAAGCUGUUGGAAAGAAAUCUGGAAGAACUGAGAUUAAAGUUAAAGUUAAAGAUCUACCGACCGGCAACGAGUUCAUGUGGGAUAAAAAUACUUUCACAAACAGAAAAUACAUGAUGCAAGAAAUGUAUAACAAUUACAUCGAUGGCGAUGCUGAUUGGGAUAAACCUAAAAAUGAAGAUCCUUUUUGGGAAGAUCCCAACAAUCCUUAUCUAAUUGGAACAGCUCAUGUUCAUAUGAUGGCAGUUGCUUAUAACUUUCACACAGAUGAAACUUUCUUAAUUACCGAUUAUAGAGGAAUAGAUCAAGGUCAAUUAUCUUGCAAAUUACUAAUUACUUCGAAGAACGGGAAAGUUCUUUCCGAUAAGGAGUUAGAUGAAAUUGCAAUAGAGGAUCCAUCUCGUGAUCUCGUUGGUUGUUGUUUAAAUUUUAAACUAGAAAUUCCCUGUGUCCGUGGUAUAAAUAAAAAAUAUUCUCAAGUUUAUUGCGCAUAUCAAUUUUACAUUGAUGAUAAAAAGGAACAAACAAGGGAAGUUGGAGGAACAAUUAACCCUGACUUUAAUUUUUCUAAGGCUUACGCUUUUGAUCCAGCUACUCCUCAGCUUGUACAAUACCUCGAACAAGAAACGUUAGUAAUUGAAGUAUGGGGAAGACAAAAGUCCAGUGAUGGAAAUAAUUCGGGAUUAAGUACCAGAGAGCUGAGCUUGAAAGACCGAAAAGGCGCGGCAGCAAAGGCAACAGGAAAAGGAAAAGGAGGAGCUAGAGCUGAUGACAAGGAAGAUGAUGCGAGCUCUAAAAGUAACAUUGAAGCUAUGACAUAUAAGCGUCGUAUGGAAAGAGCUGAACAGAAAUUGGUAAGAUUUUUUUUUCUGUUUAUUCAUCAACAAAAAAUUUUACGUUUUUCCAUACUUUUAUUUCUUUAGAGAAAACUUGCUAAUAUUGUUGAAGAUGCUAAAUCGAAAAAUGCAAAGGAUAUUGAUGUAAAUAUCUUGAUUGUAUAGAAUUAAGUACAAAAUUAAUUAAUCUACGUUAAAAAUACUAUAGAUUUCGAAAAUUGAAGAAGUUAUCAUGGCUGGAUAUAAAUUUAAAGCUGCUGCAAAUGUAGUGAAACAAGUUUUGAAAGCGAAGAAUAACAAUAUGGGGACUGCUACUUCGCAAGCUUGCUCAUUGCAAUGACACUCUUUUAUUCUAAUUACAAUUUAUCUAUUAACAAUUCCAAUCUCUUUCAAGUUAAAUUGAUAGAAUUCUCUUGUUUUAUCAUUUUCUACUUUAUUUGAAUAUAAUUAUAAGUUUAAUAAAAAAUGUUCCAUAUUUUAAU